AUGGCGUCCAUUCUGCCGAUAAUAACCUUCAAGGCUGGCAUCUGUGAUGCAGACACCUCCAGCAAGCCUUACAAGAUCAAGCCGCAGGCGACCCCAGGCUACAUCUAUCUCUACUCCGAAGAUGACUUGAUCCACUUCUGCUGGCGAGAGCGCAACGCCACCUUGGACAGCCCCGAUCUUGACCUCGUCAUGGUGCCCAUGGAUGGUGAAUUCGUCGCCCACACCGCCGAUGAUCAACCCUCAGCGAAGACCAACGGCCGUAUCUUUGUCCUGAAGUUCGGAUCCUCCUCUCAGAGACACUUCUUCUGGCUCCAGUCCAAGCCUCAGUCGCGCAACGGGGACCCUAGCUGGUUCAGCCCUCGCGACAAAAAGAUUGGCGAGAUUGUCAAUAUGCUUCUCCAGGGCGAAGAGGUCAACGUCGGCCGAGAGCUCGCACAAGUCCGAAACACCGAUGAUAGACGAGACGAUGACGACGAUGAGACGAUGGAAGAUGCUGAAGGCCAGGGAGACCGAGGCGACCAGACUCACGGGGGUAGCGGCGGUGCUGGACCCGACGCUACAGGUGGCGAUGUCCGGGAAGAGGGCGAGAAUGCCAGAGAGGGCGGAAGUGACGGAGCACGAGCCGCCACUGGUGGCUCGAACACAGAUGCGGAUGCUGCUGUUCGAAACUUUUUGGAGUCAUUACGCGGUAACGCCAGCCUGGGAGGGUCUCAGCAAGGCGGACAGCAGCAGCAACACGCCGACAAACCCUACCCCUACCUCAGUCACCUACUCCCGAACGAGAUCACCGUUCCGAUGCUGCAAUCGGCCUCAGAGGAUUACAUCGAUAGCCUCUUGAGCUUUUUGCCGCCUGCAAUUCUUAUCCUUGCCACGGAAUCGGACGACUUGGGCGACUCGGAGCCGACCGCAGAGGCCGCAAACGCCGCCAAGGCUACUUUGAGUCUGGCAGAGAAGAAGAGCCUGCUGGAAAGAGUUCUCAGAAGCCCUCAGUUCCACCAAGCACUCGGGAGCUUGACUAUGGCGCUUCGGGACGGUGGUCUUCCUACCAUUGCGGGGGCACUCAGCGUCAAGGUUCCCAACGGCGGCUACAUGAGGGGCGGUGCCAUGCCUUUGGGCGGCAGCGAGGCCGUGGAGGCUUUCGUUGAGAGUAUCAAGUCGGCGGUGAAGGAGAAGAAGCAGGGCUAG